GCAGUGCAUAAAAAAUGGCAGAUGGUGAGGAUAUUCAGCCACUGGUCUGUGAUAAUGGAACAGGAAUGGUCAAGGCGGGAUUUGCUGGAGACGAUGCUCCACGAGCAGUGUUUCCGAGCAUUGUUGGUCGGCCACGACACACAGGUGUGAUGGUUGGUAUGGGGCAAAAAGAUGCAUAUGUUGGUGAUGAAGCUCAAUCGAAACGUGGUAUUCUAUCAUUGAAAUAUCCAAUUGAGCAUGGUAUUGUGAGCAAUUGGGAUGAUAUGGAGAAAAUCUGGCAUCAUACAUUUUACAAUGAACUUCGUGUUGCUCCAGAGGAACACCCUGUUCUACUCACCGAAGCACCUCUCAAUCCUAAGGCUAAUCGUGAGAAGAUGACUCAAAUCAUGUUUGAGACAUUUAACACUCCUGCUAUGUAUGUCGCCAUUCAAGCUGUUCUCUCUCUUUAUGCCAGUGGUCGUACAACUGGUAUUGUCAUGGACUCUGGUGAUGGUGUUAGCCACACUGUCCCAAUCUAUGAGGGAUAUGCUCUCCCACAUGCUAUCCUUCGUCUCGAUUUAGCAGGACGUGACCUAACUGAUCACCUAAUGAAGAUCUUGACAGAGCGCGGUUACUCAUUCACCACCACUGCUGAACGAGAAAUCGUUAGGGAUGUUAAGGAAAAGCUUUCCUACAUUGCUCUUGACUAUGAACAAGAGAUAGACACCUCCUCAAAAACUAGCUCCACUGUUGAGAAGACCUACGAGUUGCCUGAUGGUCAAGUCAUCACUAUUGGUGCUGAACGUUUCCGAUGCCCUGAAGUGCUUUUCCAGCCUUCAAUUAUCGGAAUGGAAGCUGCUGGAAUCCAUGAAACAACCUACAACUCCAUCAUGAAGUGUGACGUCGAUAUCAGGAAGGAUCUUUAUGGAAACAUUGUACUUAGUGGCGGAACCACUAUGUUUCCUGGAAUUGCUGAUAGAAUGAGCAAAGAAAUCACAGCAUUGGCUCCAACUAGCAUGAAAAUUAAGGUCGUUGCACCACCAGAAAGGAAGUAUAGUGUUUGGAUUGGAGGUUCAAUCUUAGCUUCUUUAAGUACCUUCCAACAGAUGUGGAUUGCAAAGGCAGAAUAUGAUGAAUCUGGUCCAUCCAUUGUGCAUAGAAAAUGCUUCUAAUUC